GACAUAGACUAACGACACACCAGUGACAAAAUGGAGAAGAAACUUUAUCAGUGCGAUGUCUGCGACAAGUCGUUCGGCCAAAAUAGCAAUUUGACAACACAUCGACGCACGCACACAGGCGAAAAACCGUACGCGUGCGAUGUAUGCGAAAAGUCGUUCUCUCAAAGUGGCCAUUUGAAGGGACACAAGCGGACUCACACCGGAGAAAAACCGUACGCGUGUGAUGUAUGCGAAAAGUCGUUCUCUGAAAGUGGCAAGUUGACGAAACACAAGCGGACCCACACUGGAGAAAAACCGUACGCGUGCGAUGUAUGCGAAAUGUCGUUCUCUGAAAGUGGCAGUUUGACGAAACACAAGCGGACUCACACCGGAGAAAAACCGUACGCGUGUGAUGUAUGCGAAAAGUCGUUCUCUGCAAGUAACAAUUUGACAACACAUCGACGCACACACACUGGAGAAAAAUCGUACGCGUGUGAUGUAUGCGAAAAGUCGUUCUCUGCAAGUAGCAAUUUGACAACACAUCGACGCACACACACUGGAGAAAAGCCGUACGCUUGCGAUGUAUGCGAGAAGUCGUUCUCUAAAAGUGGCAAUUUGACAAUACACAAGCGUACGCACAUGGCACACUGAUCGGAAUUAUCAAAGAUCUAUGAUUCAAUGUCCGUAUUAAAAUAAGGUAAAUCUUUAACAUAUUGCCAA